GAGAGAGGUGUGGGCAGUGUCCAUUCGGAUCAUUAAACAAGCUGGAAACAACUCCAAACAUCCCUAAUCCAUGUGAUAUGUACAUAUAUAGACACACAUAUAUAUAUAUAUGCACACACAACUCUCUGAGUCUCUAAAUCAAAACAAGAGAAACAGAGAAUGCCUAAUCGCUUGAGCUUCUUCUUUCUCAUUUUCAUCAUUGUCAUCUUCUUAUUUACAUUUCAGAUCUGUUCAGCGGACGAUGACGAUGUUGAUCCGGAUAAGCUCAGCUUCGAAAACCCAAGAAUCCGUCAAGCCUACAUUGCUCUCCAAGCAUGGAAAUCCUCCAUUUUCUCAGAUCCAUUCAACUUCACCGCCAACUGGGUAGGCCCAAAUGUCUGCUCCUACGGCGGAGUAUUCUGUGCUCGGUCUCCUUCCAACGCCUCCAUGAGAGUUGUUGCCGGCAUUGACCUUAACCACGCUGACAUCGCCGGAUACCUCCCUCCGGAGCUCGGCCUCCUCUCCGACCUCGCCCUCUUCCACCUCAACUCCAACCGCUUCUGCGGCGUCGUCCCGGAGACCUUCAAGCGGAUGAAGCUCCUCCACGAGCUCGACAUCAGCAACAACCGCUUCGUCGGGAAUUUCCCCAAAGUGGUCCUCUCUCUGCCUUCCCUCAAGUACUUAGACCUCCGAUUCAAUGAGUUUGAAGGCUCUGUACCCAACAAGCUCUUCGACAAAGACCUCGACGCCAUCUUCCUCAAUGACAACAGAUUCCGAUUCGGAAUUCCGGCGAACCUCGGGAACUCACCGGUGUCCGUCCUCGUCUUCGCCAACAACAACCUCGGUGGCUGCAUUCCGUCCAGCAUUGGCAAAAUGGGUAAUACACUCAACGAGAUCAUACUCAUGAAUGAUAAUCUCACUGGGUGUAUUCCGUCAGAGGUUGGAAGAUUGAAGAAGGUGACCGUUUUGGACGUGAGCUUCAACAGAUUGCAGGGACCACUGGUUCCCGAAAUUGGGAAGAUGAAGAGUGUGGAGCAGUUGAAUGUUGCACAUAAUUUGCUGACCGGUGUUAUACCGGCCAGCGUUUGCUUGCUUCCGAGAUUACAGAACUUCACUUAUUCGUAUAACUACUUCACCGGUGAGGCUCCGGUGUGUGGAUUGGGUAAAAAGGUGGUUGAUGGUGUGAAGAACUGUAUUUCCGGGAAGGCGAAUCAGAGGUCUGUCAUGGAAUGUGCUUCUAGUCUUGCUAGACCUGUUGAUUGUCGGAAAUUUAAAUGCGGUGGUUCGAGUGGUGGUGGUGGGUCAUCACCGGGUAAAUUGCCAUCGUUGUCACCGCCUAAGAUGAGGCCUCCUGUUAAGAAUAGGCCACCAACGCCGUGGAGGUCGUCUCAGGCGCCUCCUCCGCCUUCUUCAAAGUCGUCUCCUUCUUUUAAAUCACACCCUCCACCGCCACCAUCGACUCCACAAGUUUCUCCAUCUCCAUCUCCUUCUCCUUCUCCGUCAAAGCCGUCGCCUCCGCUACCACCCCAAUCUCUUCCGACACCGCCACCACCUACUAAAAAAGUUUCACCAGGAACUCAUCUCCCUCCACCGCCACCGCCACCGCCACCGCCGUUUCAUCAUACCCCCUCGGAGCCUGCAUAUUCACCCCCACCACCCGUUUGGCACUCACCGCCUACUUAUAAACAUGUGACACCACCACCACCUCCUACUGAAAAAGUGUCACCAAAGACGCAUCUUCCACCACCACCUCCGCCACCGCCAGCAGUUGGAAGCUCACCGCCCACUUAUCAACAUAAACCACCGCCACCAUCAGAAUGGGGAGCCGAAGCUCCAACGCCCGCUUAUCACAGUCACUCUCCGCCGCCCCCACCAUCAGGAUGGGGAGCCGAGACUCCAACGCCAGCUUAUGAAAGUCACUCACCGCCACCACCUCCACCUCAUUUCGAAUAUGUAGGACCCACCCCUCCACCAACAUAUUCAACAUCUCCAGCUCCACCACCAGCAGAGCAUUCUCCACCCACCACAGGAACCCCAGCUCCACCACCUCAAACACCACUUCCGCCACAAGCACCGUUGCAUCCCCUCCCUCCUUCGCCUCCAUCUGGAUGUGGUGUUCCAGGAUCACCACCGCCACCAAGUCAUCAUUCUAUGCCUUCGCCCUUCCAAAUGCCACCACCACCAAGUUAUCACCAUUCACCGCCAUCCCCACCUCCUGCACAACAUUGGCAUCACCCACCAACAUCACAUACUCAGACCCCACCACCCAACAAGUACUCAUAUUCAUCACCACCACCACCGCCGCCGCCGUCACCGCCGCCGUCACCGCCGCCUCCACCGCCACCCGAUAACAUGCCCCUACCGCCAGUUAUAGGAGUCUCCUACGCAUCUCCUCCUCCGCCAGUUAUUCCCUACUACUGAAAAUUGACAAUUCUUUAUGAUUAGAUGCAAUCAAGUUGCUACAUAAUGGUGUGUUUUUCUUGUGAUGAUCUGUUGGUGUCUCUCUUUUAAGGGCUGGUUGUUUAGCAAUGAUAUAUUUGUAGUUUCAUUUUUGUUUCUCUUUUGUUUUGUAUUCUUAUAAAUUCAUAUGAUUAUAUAAUAUGCACAUGUUUGGGACGA